UGCAGCUUCUGUUCACUUCCUCUGGCUGAGUUGUGGUUCAAACGCGAUCUGAGCGCCUGCUGGUUGAACGACAGACAGGUCGGUCAGAGGUUCAGGCGGAUUAUUGCGAUUGUCUGAACAAACGGAGACGAAGUGCAGCUGGUUUGGGGUCUGGGAUCCAUGGACCUCUGAUCUUACCCAGAGACCAAACUGAUCUUCUGCUAAUCGAGGCAUUCCGGCUUAUGGGCCGAGGACAUCCAGUGGGAUGUCUCCGUACAGUGAAAUGUGUCCAGAGUUCUACAUCAUGCUGGGAGUUCUGUCCUUCGUGGUCCUGCUGUUCUCUGUGCUGGGCGCCGUGUUUCUCACAAAGUACCGCGCCGUGGUUCGGACCAACCGGAGGCUGAGGGGGAGCCAGUUCCUGCAUCCCCGUAUUCCUCAGUUAGAGAUCCCAGCUGUGACGCCCCCACCCCCAUUACUGGAGGAGGUGGAGCCGCCUCCUCUGCAACCUACUUUGGAAAGAUCCAGUGGGUUCAGGUUAUCCUCCAAGAGGCUGUGGAGAGGCCUGCAGCAGGAGCCUCGUUUUUCCAAGUCGGACCUGAACCUGCUUCAGCUGAUCAAAGCAGGGAAGGAGGGGGUCUUCUACCAGGCCAGGAUGAACAGAGGAACGUGUAAAGGCCACAGCAUGUUCACCUGCAAGAUCAGCAAGGAAGGUGUCCGUCUCAAACAUGUGGACAUGGAGAUUUGCAUCAUGAGGAAGCUGGUUCAUCACAAAAACAUCCUGCAGCUCCUGGACUGGAACACAUGUGACCAGCCUUUCAUUCUGCUGAUGGAGUAUGUGAGUUAUGGAACCCUGAGGACCUUCCUGCAGACCAACAGAGCCCACCUGAGUGGAAACCCAGAGCUACAGAGCCUCCUGACCAUCGCCUCCUACCACAUCGCCCUGGCAAUGCAACACCUGCGCUCCAAAAUGAUCGUUCACUGUGACCUAGCUCUGAGGAACAUCAUGGUCAACAGGUUUCCAUGGGAGGUGAAACUGGCCGAGUUCGGUCUGGCCCGAGACUUGACGCGCAUGGCGAGCCGCCGCCGCAGCAGCCGUUGGAGAAACCAAAGAACCCGCGUGCCGCUGCGCUGGUACCCUCCUGAAUACUUCAAGAACAACUACUACAGCUUCAAAGGAGACGUAUGGGCGUUCGGCAUUGUGCUGUGGGAGAUGCAGACCUUUGGAACGUUACCGUACCCAAACCUGGAGACAUCAGAGGAGGUGGUCUUCCACAUCUGCAUGGGUCAUAAGAACACCAACCCUGAAGGAUGCAGAGCUGAAAUGCUUCACAUUAUGCGUGACUGCUGGCAGGAGCCUCACACCCUCAGACCCUCCUUCAAGGAAAUCGUGUCCAUGCUGGAGAACAUCAUGGAGAACGAUGCUGACUACGUAGAUGUGGACAGUCCACAGAGUCUGGUGAGAGAGGCCAACUAUCAUGAAGCUAAAAGUCUUCGAGGGAGUGUCUCCUUGAAAGAAGAACAUGGGGCUUAAAUUUUACCAAAGCUGGAGAAUUUAAUCUCUGAAGAAAACCUUUUAGUUUGAGCGCUUUGUUGAGUCCUAACCUUCUGUUUCCUGUAUUUUCCAAAACUUGUUAAUAUAUUGUUAAUUUCAUUAAAGCGACAUUUUAACGUU